AUGUCAGGACAAAAACGCGACAUUGCGGCAAUUCUAAAGGGCGUGGCGGAGUACCAGGGUAUUAAGAAGUCCGCCGUUGAGGGUUCAAGCGGUAACGGGGCUCCGAAAGACCCCGCACCAUCUUCUACUGUAGCCGCCACUUCUACCUCAGCUUCAACCCGUUCAACAACUCCUCCACCGAAGCCAACCCCGCCACAAGUCAGUCCGCUGCGAAAACGCGUGCCACCAGCGAUCCCUCAGCCCAGAAUUGUGCGCCCGGCGGGGUACAAAGAGCAUACUCCAGCCGCAACUAAAUCUACAUCUACAACUACAUCGUCUGUUCCAGUAUCUAGGAUAACAGCUACACCUCCAGCUCCUCAACCGGUGAACACCCGGCAAAACAACAAUGAAAUAUCGCUGGAGGCGUCAAUCCAACAAGCCAGAGAAAACAUCAAACGAGCUGAAGCCGCUGCUGUGGCUGAACCCACGGCUCCUGUGGUAUCGCGUCAACGCCGUAUCCCAGCCAUUCUCGUGAACAAAAACCAGCGAGGAAACAAAGUGCUGGACUACAUCAAGGACGUGCCAUGGGAGUAUGGCGCGGGCGAUAUGGUGGCGGACUACGUGACAGGGUCGACGUCGUGUGUGCUAUUCUUGUCCAUCAAGUACCACUCGAUUAAACCAGAAUACAUCUACCGUAAGAUCGCCAAGUUGCAGAAACAGCAGUUUGACCUGAAAGUGUUGCUGGUAAUGAUUGACAAGGAGAAUCACGAGGCUGCUAUCAGAGAACUCACACGGGCUUCCAUGAGACACGAUCUGGCCAUUCUUGUGGCAUGGAGUAACGAGGACUGUGGUAACUACAUCAGCAAGCUCAAAAGUCUGGAGACAGCCACAGUCAAGCUCAUUGAGGGAAGCAAAAGCAAGGACUACACCUCUCGAUUAGCUGACGUGUUGAGCAAUGUCAAGCUGAACAAGAGUGAUGCUCUCAAUCUCAGCACGACGUACAAGAGCUUGAAGAAUGCCAUUUUGGACGAUUCUGAACGAAUUUCUGAGAUCAACGGCUUUGGCCCGACCAAGGUGAAGAGAUGGAAUCAGACGAUGCGAGAUCCUUUUAUUUAUAAACCGACUGCGGAGUGA